GCUCGCUUAGCGAAGAUCGAAAAUAAAAAUGUGGUUGCAAAACGAGAGACAAAUGACCGACUUCACUCAGUGGUCUCACAGAAAAUCUCGUUGAACUACCAUGUACUGUGCUCAAGAAUCUACUUAAUAGUAACCGAUAUUCAAGUUUCAACAAUAUCUUUGCUCUUAUUCUAAUUUUUCUCUUGGAUUAUUAUUAGUGAGAUGGAUCGCUGUUCUUCCUUCAUAUUGAUUCUUGCUAUGCUGGAAAUACCAUGUAUUGUUUCUGCUACAGACGUUGUUAUACGCUCUUCCUUCGGAAUACUCGAAGGAAGAAAACUGUCACCUGUCAAUGGAAAGACGUAUGUCGGAUUUCGUGGGAUUCCUUACGCAAAACCUCCAAUUGGAGAACUUAGAUUUGCCAAGCCGGAACCUCAUCCUAAAUUAGAGGGUCAGUUUAAUGCCAAGGAAGAGGCAGUCCCGUGCAUCCGUCCCUUGUCCCAUCUUUACGGCACUCCGCCAGGCAGGGAAGACUGUCUUCUCCUAAACAUCUUCAUGCAGAACCUACCUCUUGACCCCAUGAACCACCGCAGGAAGGUUCUGGUCUUCAUACACGGGGGUGGUUACAGUGUGGGUGCGUCACGAGAAUACGACCCUGGCACCUUGAUUACAACUGACGACAUUAUCGUGGUUACCUUGAACUAUAGGCUUGGAAUUCUCGGGUUCAUGAGCACGGAAGAUGAGGCAAGUCCCGGAAACUUCGGCCUGUGGGAUCAGGCUUUGGCCCUGAACUGGGUGAAGACUCACAUUGCUUCGUUUGGUGGAGAUCCUGAUGACGUCACAGUCGCUGGCGAAUCAGCAGGCGGUAUUUCUAUCCAGCUUUUAGCGAUAUCCCCAUUUGGGAAAGGACUUUUCACGAAAAUGUUCUCUCUUAGUGGUGGAGCGGCAUUUAUAACACAAGAAAAUAUGGCACCUCUGAAAGAUGCUUUAGAAUUGGCUGACCAUUUCGGUUGCAGGAGAAAAGAUUUACCCACGACAAGUAGUGUUUCGGAAAGUAAAGGCAUUUUAAAAUGUUUGAGAGACGUUCCAGAAGAAGAAUUUGCUCGAUAUAAUUUUGUUGGUAUUGACAGAAUUCGUUUUUCACCGAGAAUUGACGGCGUCUUUAUCCCUCUAGUUCCAAAAAGGCUUUUAAAAGAUGAAACUUUCCUAAAGUCUGUCGGCUUUUUCGACAGGUCGUACCUUGUUCUUCUUGAUAAUAACGAACGGUCUCAAAUGAAAGCAUAUAUCCAACGUACGAAAACAGCCAUAUACAGAAAUUAUACCGCCUCCGAAACGGAGAAAGCUGUAGACUUCUCCAGCAUGGUAAGUAUUGCCCGUGACACUUACAUUACUUCUAGAAUAAACCUUCUAAACAAACAGACUUGUCUGGAAAAAGUACUAGACUGGUACGAAAGAAGAGAAACGUUCGAUAACGCCGCUACAAGCAUAAUGGCAGAUGUCUUAUUUCUUUUUCCCUCCAUUGACUUUCUAGAGGCAGUCGGUCUCCGGAAGUCUUCCAGUGGCCGUUUUAUUCUUUUCGACCACUUUCCCAGCAUCCUGAGGGGAUAUCCCAAUAAAGGCAUGGUGCACGGAAUGGACAUUCCCUACUUGUUCGACUAUAAUAUGACGUAUCUUGGCAAGUUGACAGGACUCUCCCUGCCUGAGGGUUUGAACGAUGAAGAACUGCUGAUGAAAACGUCAUUUAUAUCUCUGGUAGUGGACUUCGUCAAAACAGGGUAAGGUUUUCAUCUACAGCCAUUAUUUUUUUUCUCUCGAUAAACUGCAGGUAGUUGGAAGGUACUGUCUUACCCCUGGAUGCUUGUAUAUAGUCAUCAUCAGACGAUAAAACGUCUUUUUGGGGGGAGGGGAUUCUUUUUGCAGUUAAUUUGACCUUUUUAAAAAUCUGAUUUUAGGUACAUUGGAGUCUGUUUAAACUGAAAUCUGCGGGCUUGUCGUAAAUUUCUUCUGUUUACCCAAAUUCUUUGUUUAAUAGGUGUUGCUCAAAUAGAAGUAAUAAAUAUCGGGGAUU